AACUUCCACUGGCUUAGUCUUACCGGCGUCGGCGUCGGCGUCGCAAGCGUGCGGGCGUUAUAUUUAGCCACAACACUGCGUCUACUAUUGUUGAGUUUGUUGUGUCGAGUGCGUAAAUUACUCAACUUGAUGCACUUUACUGCAAUUAAGUUUCGUGCGUGAUUUAUUGCUGAAAAUUUGCUAAACAUGAUGAAUACUAAAGGUAUACGCAGAAAGAAGUCGUCGCUGAGUGAAGUGAAGGUGGCUGUCGUCGGUGCGCCAGGUGUUGGAAAAAGCGCGUUGGCGGUUCGAUUUUUAACGAGGCGCUACAUCGGCGAGUACGAUCAUCAAUCAGACAAUCGUUACAAACAUGAAGUCCUAGUUGACAACGAACCCGUUUUAUAUGAAAUAUUGGAUACAUGUCCAAAGGCUGAAGAUGAAUAUCCCUCAAGUGAAAUUUUCAACUGGGCCGACGGAGUCCUCCUAGUUUACUCAAUAACCGACCGUCGUACCUUCGGAUACGUAAAACGAGUAGCUGCAAUGUUAGCUGCAGGCGAUUACGACCUCCCAUUAUACAUCGUAGCGAAUAAAAACGACAUGGUGCACCUACGUCAGGUGAGCACUGAAGAAGGCGCCAUUCUCGCACGCGACGCAGACUGCGGCUUCGCUGAAGUAACCGCCGCUGAACAAGUACUACCCGUUGCUGCAGUUUUCCACGAGCUGUGUAAAGCUGUCCUAGCAGCACGUCGAAAGUCCAAGCAUUCCCUCCUCGAGCGCAUGCUCGGCACCCGCAGCAGUAACCUUAAACUCUACGCACGAGGAAAAAGUGACAGCGCAUUACCAAAGGAUUGAGUUAUGCAACCAAAUAUACACUUGCAUAACUUAAUUCGCUUGUGAUUUGGGUCAGUUGGAAUUAAAAUUAGAAAGUCAUUUGUAUCCUGUUAGAGUGGUGAGAUUAAGGGAUUAUCUUGUACACAUCGACAAAGUUUAACGUGAGAUUUUGUUGUGGUGUGAAAAUAUGAGGCAAAUGUUGGCACGGAAAAACUAGCCGUAAUAAUUUUAGCGUCGCGUUUACUUUAUUCGCACGGCGCAUGUGUUUUGGCACGUGCGAGCACAUUGUAUGCGCACUUAGGACGCGCGAUUAUUGUGCUUAUUUCUGCUUACUUUUGCAUUAUACGGCUGGCCACGCGUGCCAAAUGUAAUUAUAAGGUGCGAGGAUGAUCGCUUCUAGUCGUAAUGUUAAGUGAAAUAUUUUCAUACAUAAAAACGAAAUUUUUGAAACGAUAAAAGACAAUAUUUAAACGUUUUUGUUUUGUACUGUAAAGAAAAAUGUAUUUUUAUAACUCGUUAAGAUAUUACAGUGUAUAAUGUAAGUAAAUGUUGAUAAAUAAAUGAAAUAAUUUUAAUUUAA